AUGGGCGAUUACAUCGAUUCAUCUACUGACUCCUUUGCGGAGGGCAGUGCCCCUAACCUUCAGCCCAAUCGUCGUCAGGUGCACCCUGCGCAAUGGGGAGUGGCAGCACCAUGUAGCAGCGAAGAUUUCAAGACGAAGACUCACGAACGCAAGCCUUUAGCGAAAGAUUGGAGCCACCGCUUAAGCUCCGAGUCAUCGAAAAGAAAAGGCUCUUCGUUGAAAUCAGCCAUCAAGCACCUACAGAAGCCAGAUCUUAUCUCUCUUGGAGGUGGACUUCCACUCAGCGAAUUCUUCCCCUUCGACACCAUCUCAUUCACCCCGGGAUUCGUCCCGAGCACGGCACGCAAACCAGCGAGCUCAAGCUCCAGAGAAGCCCACCAGGCAGGAAAGAAUGAUAUUGCAGAAGGUCGAAGCGUCUUCGACGUCUCCGUGGCUCUGAACUAUGGCCAGGGAAGCGGAUCUGCACAGCUUCUGCGCUGGAUUACGGAGCACACGGAGCUCGUCCACGAUCCGCCAUACUUGGACUGGCAAUGCACCAUGACCAUUGGCAAUACAUCUGCCUUGGAUAUGGCUUUUAGAAUGCUGACAAAGCAAGGAGACCUUGUUCUGUCCGACUCCUACACGUUUGCAUCGGCAGUAGAGACUGCUUUGCCUAUGGGCGUCAAGUUCUUUGGUGUUGAGAUGGACAGAGAGGGACUAUUGCCAGAUCGAUUGAUGGAAGUACUGGACAACUGGGAUGAAGCAGAGCGAGGUGCAGAGAAACCUUUCUUGCUCUACUUGGUUCCGACUGGUCAGAACCCCACCGGCUCAACACAAAGCCUUGAACGCCGCAAAGCCAUUUACCGCGUGGCGCAGAAGCAUGACCUGAUUAUCUUGGAAGAUGACCCAUACUACUUCAUCCAGAUGGACCCUUACGUCCCACCGAGCAAGAAUUGCAGUACCAGUUCGACAGCGGCACCGGCACCGGCAGACUUACUGAAGAUGAUCGUUCCGUCCUAUCUCAGCAUCGAUGUGGAUGGCCGAGUUAUGCGAAUGGACUCGUUCAGCAAAGUCAUCAGUCCGGGAUCCCGCGUAGGCUGGAUUACGGCGCCCCAAGCCAUUGUCGACCGGUACAAAGGACACGCCGACGUGUCAACACAAGGGCCAAGCGGUUUCAGCCAGCUGGCGUUGUUCAAACUUUUGGAUGAGUUCUGGGGCCACGCUGGAUACCUUGAAUGGCUGUUGCACCUUCGGAGAGAGUACACGAAGCGAAGAGAUUUCAUGAUUUGCUCUUGCGAGCAGCACCUGCCUAAAGACAUCGUUUCGUGGGAACCAGCUGAAGCAGGAAUGUUUUUGUGGCUGCGAGUCAGUUGGGAUAAACAUCCAGAUGCCUCGGUCAAGUCUGCUUCGAAGAUUGAGGAAGAAAUUUGGCAGCAAACAAUUGAACAUGGGGCUCUCGUUGCUCGUGGUAGCUGGUUCAACGCUGCCGAUGACAUUAGCUGCCAAGACAUCUUCUUCAGGGUCACUUUCGCUGCUGCGCCUUUGGAAAAGGUUGACGAAGCAGUCAAACGACUUGGCAAUGCGCUGAGGAGUUGCUUUCAAUUGCUCUAA